AUUAAUAUGUUGUUUGCUAUAUUUUCGAGUAACUUGCUUGGAUAUUACAGCUUUGAGUGAUUCAGAGCAUUUACUUUAUUUACAGUUUCUGUAAACACGGCGCUCAUUCACGGUUUCUCUUCUGAAUUUCGGGCGGCACGAGUAUCCUCAAAUAAUUGGAAGGUGCUAAACAUGGUUCUCUGAGAUGCAAGGUCUGCUUUAAUGCAUGUUCCAGUACUCCUCUCUUUCACCAUCCUUGGAAUGUUUGCUUCACCACACCGAAAAACAAACAUCCUCAAGCCUUCCGAAUUAACUUGCUACCUUCUUCACUAACCAAGUCCUCCAAGCUCACUUAAAGAUAGCAUUGCUUUAUUAUAUUAAGUUCUAAUCUCACCUCUCUUUAGCCCUUAAAUUUAGACACCAUUCACAACUGUUGCUUCUCAGCUAGCGAUGGAGACCACAGCACCGCAGGCAACACCCCCACCGUCAGGUGUCACAUUCAUAAGCAUCGAAGAUUUCGAUGCCAGUUUUCCAGCUCCAGAAAUCGGUCAACCCUAUGUGCAACAUGUUCCUCCACUAGUUCAGUCAUCCACAGCGGACUCGAGCGUGGCGGUGAACGACAAGGCAGGCAGUGAGAGCGGGGGCUCCACCACAUCGACUCCAGAUCUGGGCACCAUUAACUGGAUUGGCAAGCUCCAAGAAUACCACCAAAUCCACCCCAAAGUAGGAAAACAUGUAUUCACAGAGUCCGCUACUCCAGGCUUCCCGCCUCGAUUCGUUUGCUCUGUGAAAAUCGGUGAGCGCCCCGAGCCAUUCAACUCGACGAACAACUUCGGCAACAAGAAACAAGCAAAGCAGCACUGCUGCAAACUCGCCAUCGAAUGGCUUGUUGAGAACGGGCACAUGCCUUCCAUAGAUUCUGUUUCCUUCCCGAAACAGCAUCAGGUGGCUCCGCAGGCUAAGGCGGGGUCCACCGCCAGUGCCGCGCAGAUGACUCCCGGUGCUGAAAUCGCACAGAUCUGUUUCGAGUUGCGCAUGGGCCUUCCGGCGUAUGUUAUUAAGAGUGAGCCUGCUGGGUCAGCGCUUUGGAGCGGAUAUGCCCAUUUCCCGUCCAACCACCUUGUUGACGGCCGAGUUGGAGAAUUCAGGAACGUCUUUGGCAAAAAUAAUGCCAAGGGAGACUGUCAACUGGAAGUACUGAAGUUCCUGAAGGAAAUUAAGAGGGAUAAGGAGAGUGCGGUGUUGGAUGAUGGGGCUAAGGGGUGCAGGGAGACCGCGGCUAUGGAAGGGGUCGAGGGACACAAGGAGGUCACGGCCAUAGGAGCAUAAGGUAGCUUUGCUUUCAAGUCUGGGAUAUAUUGCGAAGCAAACUUUCACUAAAUCAUCCCCUUGCCGACCUCAUCCUUCCUCUCCUCCCACAGCGUCUUCCCAGAACAAGAGCAGAC